GCUACCUUGAAUACAACUAUAUAAGAUGGCUCUACCUUUCAUAGCGCUCUCCAUCACUGAGCACCAUCAGAAGACGCCUCUUACUCUUCUGCCAUUCGACGAGCCCCAGCUAGGCGAAGGCGAGCUACUCAUCGCCAACGCCGCCGUAGCCCAGAACCCAGUGGAUUGGAAGCAGAUUGACUUCGAUUUUGGUAUACUGGGAUUGCCGUGGGUCGUCGGUGGGGAUGUGGCAGGAACGGUGUACAAGGUUGGGCCUGGGGUUGAGGGAUUCAAAGUCGGCGACCGGGUAAUCUCCUUCGUCUCUCGCACAACAGCGCGCCACUCCGCCUUCCAAACCUACAGCAUCGGCCUCGCCUCCCGCACCGUCCCCUUGCCCAGCACCUACACCUUCGAACAAGGAAGCACUAUCCCGCUGACGUUCGUGACCGCCGGUGCAGGGCUGGAAGCCGCUUUGGGGAUCAAACUUCCCGCACCUCCUGCUCAGUUACCGGAAGCGAGCAAAGGCGAGCCUCUGCUCGUCUGGGGAGGGUCGAGUUCUGUAGGCGCGUUUGUCAUCCAGCUCGCGAAGGUUGCGGGAUAUACAGUUCUUUCCACCGCUUCACCCAAGAAUCAUGCCUACGUAAAGUCCCUUGGCGCUUCAGAGGUAUUCGACUACCAUGACCCCGACGUGGUUAACAAGAUCCGCCUCGCUGCCGGACCGAACCUCUCCAAAGUCUACGACAGCAUCUCCGAAAACGGCUCUAUCGAAGCCAGCGUGGCGAGCAUCACCGCCCCUUCGGGGGUUGUAGCGGCCAUCCUCACUCCCAAGCCAGAGCAGAGCACAGCUAGCGUGAAGGUCGUACAGACCGGCGCUAUACGGGCGCAAGAGAAUCCAGAGAUUGGCAAGAGGGUGUAUGGUGUCCUUACCGCGUUGCUUGAAAAGGGACUCUUGGUGCCCAACCCGGUCAAGGUCAUCCCUGGCGGCCUGUUGGGGAUCAAUGAAGGCCUACAGCUUGGACGAGAACACAAAGUUUCGGGGGAGAAGCUGGUGUAUGUUGUUGCCGACACUAAGUUCUGAGCAUGCGUAUGGUUGGAAGACAUGAGUCUGAGCAAGAAAAG